AUGGCGUCGCGUGCUUUCCUCCCGCGCCUCGGUGCUGCUAGCCGAUCGUUCAGAGCUUCCCCGUCUCCUUUUCUCUCAAGAUCCUUCCAGUCGUCAGCAUCACGGCUACAAGAGGCGCAACCUGUACCUGUGAAGAAGCCCGUGGGAGCUUUCCGAGGAGGACUAUUCGGCUUCCUCCUCGGCUCGACACUUGCCGGCGCAUCAGUCUAUUACUAUAUUCUCGAGGAGUAUAAGGUUUCGAACGAGCUAUUGACCGAAGAUAUCUACGCCCUCCAAGCAGCAGUCCAACGCAUCCACUCGUAUGUCACGGAGCUCGAGAACAAGAUGGUGCAGGCCCAGAGGAAAUGA